GCGUUGCCACAGCAACAAACCACAACUAAGUUGUGAAGUUGACUUGAGCGCUCAUGACUGAGUAGAAAAGCUUCAUGUAUUCCAUCGUUUAUUCAUUUACGGAGUGCUGAAUUUUCUCCACAGCAUAUUGAAAAUGACAGCCAUCCAGAUCCCAUCAACAACAAAGUGGCAGAAGACCAAAGUGUCUCUGCCCUGCAAUCCUAAACUUGUCCUAAAGGACGACAGACCAAGAAGAAGGGUGACUCCGUCUGUUUACACCCAGGAGAUGUUACAGUCUACAGAGGAGCGCCUGGCUAACACCAACAAGAUGCAUCCACCCCGCAUACUGGAACAGCUAGACAUGAGCAACACCACGCAUCACGAAGUAAAUUUGUCUUUGGUGGACGUGGAUCAGGCGCUUUUCCAGCCCUACCCAUCUGAGCUGGUCUUCCAGAACUUCACUCCUGCACAGACCUACAAGUUACCUCUUCGCCUCUUCAACAAGGACAAGGUUUCACGGCACAUGAAGCUGGAGCUGCAGGACUCAGAAUAUUUCAGUGUGGUUGGUGCAGAGGAUGCAGGGAACAAAGUUGCACCAGGGCUGACUGCCAGUUUCACUGUCUUCUUCACCCCACACGAGAACAAGGACUACCACCACGGACUGGUUUGUGUGACAGAGAGGGAGCGGUUUGAGAUCCCAAUUCGUGCCACUGGGCCACGGGCCAUUCUUGACUUUCGCGAUGAGCUCUAUUUACCAGUCUGUCCAGUGAAAGCCUCCACACAGAGGACUCAGCUAGUCCGCAACAUAGGGAAUGGAAAAGCCAUGUUCAAACUUCACACACAGAGGCCUUUUUCAGUAACGCCCUCUUCUGGGACUCUUGAUGUUGGCGAGAGCAUGCAGGUGACUGUGGAUUUCAACCCCAUGACCACAGGAGACCACAGGCAGGACCUGCUGCUGCACUACCACACUGGUGAAGAUGUAUACAUCAGCCUGUACGGGGCUUGUGAGGAACUGAGCAUCAAUCUUGAGCCUGACUCUAUCCUGUUGAAGAAGACUUACAUCUCCCUAGCCAACGUGCACAAGGUGUCCCUCUCCAACAGCAGUGAUAUCCCUCUACAAUACAAUUGGACGAUAUGGGCCAGCCAGCAAGAGGAGGACCUGUGCUUAUUGAGGGAUAGCUCAGUGCUCCGGCAGAAAGAGGAGGAGGAGAAGGAGCAGUUGCUCCUUCAGAGCGAGUCUGACCCCACAGUGAACCAUUGCCUCCCGCUGAUGUCCAGAGCCCUCCAGGAACACAGAAGCAAGGCUACAAAGAACCACCUGCUUGCCCUCUCAGACAACUGCUUAACUGUGGAACCAGCGGAGGGUGAAAUAUGGCCCAACACCACGGCACACUUCAUCAUUGUCUUCAAGCCAGAGGAGGCCAAACUAUACCAACAAACCAUAUACUGUGAUGUCACAGGCUGUGAAUCUCGCUUACCUCUGACAAUCAAAGGUGAGGGCAUGGGACCUAAACUCGAGCUCAACUAUAACCUGUUGGACAUGAAAAACGUAUUCAUUGAUGACAAAGAUUGUUACGAGGUGCUGUUGUCCAACCGAGGGCUUACUGAUGCCCCGUUCAGGCUGUCAAGCCCCAACACCACUUUCGGCCGCUGUUUCUCCUUCAGUCCUGAGGAAGGUGUUGUUCCCUCUGGGGCCUGCCAGAUUGUGGAAGUCACCUUCCACAGUUGCAUCUUGGGAACUUUCUCUGAGGACUUGCUGCUAGCUGUCACAGGACAGCCUCAACCACUUACCUUGACAUUCAGGGGUUGCGUUAUUGGUCCCACUUUCCACUUCAAUGUUUCAGAGCUCAAUUUUGGAGAUGUAGGCUUUGGUUUCCCACAUACAUCGAUUUGCACCCUCUUCAACACGUCCCUGGUCCCUAUGACCUUUGCCCUGCGUGUCCUGGGAGACGGGUUGGGGACUCCCAGUGUGACCAGUGCCAAGCAGUUGUCUGAAUUUUUCAGGAACGAUUGGCAAGGCAGUGCUGCUAGAGACCUUCAUGCAAGGCCUGUUGAGUUCACAGUCAGUCCUGCUGCAGGCUCUGUGCGUGCCAUGUCAGAUGUCACCAUUAAGGUGACGCUGUGCUCCAACACAGUCAGAAGGUACAGGCUGGCUCUGGUGGUGGAUGUUGAGGGUGUUGGGGAGGAGAUCAUGACUCUGCCUAUCAAUGCCAGGUGUGUUGUACCUGAGAUUGUUGUGGAGACUCCAGUGUUGGACUUUCAAAGGUGUUUCCUUAAUCACCCUUACAUACGGCAAGUGCAGCUGACCAACAACAGUGAUCUGCCUGCCUGCUACGGCAUGCUGGACCAGGAAUAUGAAGAGAGUCCAUCACUGCUUUUUGGCAGUUCUGUACCUGGAGGAUUGAUUGCUCCUCACAGUUCAGAGGAGCUUCCCGUGUUUCUGUUGGCUAAGGCUGUCGGAAAGCUGCAUCACACUCUACGCAUUGCUGUGUUCGGCAGUGUCCAUCCGCCCCUGGAAGUUGUCUUGUCCUGUAUCGGACAGGGUCCAAUAGUUCAUGUUAAGAGUCGACAGCUGGAUUUCGGCAGAAUCCCGGUUCUGACAGACAUUACUAGAGCCCUGCACUUGUCAAACCAGUCACCUAUCCCAGCCCACUUUACAGCUCGCAUGAGCCAUGGAAGGUCCCCUUGGCGUGUUGAGCCCAGUGAGGGUGAAGUGCCACCAGAAGGCCAGCUGGAGCUCAGGGUAGUGGCACACUUGAAGGACACGCUCUUCUUCCAGGAAAAGCUGGAAGUGUCCAUCCAGGACAAUCAAACACACACUAUCGCUCUCUCUGCGACAGGAACUGGCACCACGGUUGUUAGUGAUAGGCCUUUUGCCCCCAGUCUUGACCUGGGCACACACUUCAGCCAUGGGUCAUGCCAGUACCACUUCAAGCUGACCAACCAUGGCCAGCGGAUACACCGGAUGUACUGGAGGACAGAUGGCUUCUUGCCCUCCACAAAAACCCGCAAGGGUGAAAUCUCGUCUGGUCGAACCUUCCUGCCCGCCAUCCAUACUACAAGGAAGAGGGACACUCCGGGCCAUGGAUCCCUGACGUCUUCUCCCACAGUCAAGCCAGUGUUCAGCCUCAGCCCUUCUCGUGUGGAGCUUUUCCCAGGCUGCUCCGUUGACAUGGUGCUGACAGCAUCUUCAGACUCCCCCAAAGUUGUACGGGAGCAUCUGGUGUGCCAUGGCAUUGUGGGUCACCAGGGCAGUUACGAGCGCAUCAUGUCUGUAGAUGUAACCUGUCGCUUUGUGGCUCCUCUGCUCAGCAUUUCUUCCAAGCGGCUGAACUUCCACAUAGAGAAGGUCCCAGGAAAGAGUCUUGUUCCCAUAUAUGACAAGCUGGUCUUAAAAAACGUGUCACUUCUGUCUCUAUCCAUGGAGAUCUCUCUCGUAGAACCUUUCUCUCUGUGUGAGGCCCAGGGAGCCCAUAGCUCAGCUACCACUAAGUCCAUGGUUUUAGGUAACGGGAAGCAGGCUGAGUUGUGGGUGUGCUUUAAUCCAUCUUACUGUGAGGAUCGGGUGUCACGAGUCGUUGAUGAGUACCUUGACGUGCACUACCAGGGACACCCACAGCAAGACAUGGUGGAGCUGCACGCCGAGGUCCACUUCCCCAACCUCCACUUCUCCUCCACCUUAGUGGAUUUUGGCUGUGUGCUCAACUGUACCGAGACUCGCAGAGAACUCACAAUCAGCAACUGCUCCCCCCUGCCCGUGUUCUACCGCUGGGCUUUUCUGGUGGACCAGAAACACUGUGCCAUCAGAGAGACAGAGGUGAAUAAACUGUUGCUGGAGGAAGAGGUGGAACAGGAAAAUUCAAUAAAUGAGACUGAAGAGAGAAGGGUUUCCUCUAGAAAGCGUCCUCCCACCUUUUCAGCUACCCUCAGUCCCAGGCCUGGUGCACAAGAACAGAACGACACACAGUGCUCUGCGUAUGUGGAAGAGGUGUUUGAUGUCUUGCCAAUCUAUGGUCAGCUACAACCCGGGGACCAGCAGCUGGUCACAUUCUACUUCUACGGCCAUGAAUAUGUCAGCCAAGAGGUGGUAGCACAGUGCCAGGUGGAGGAGGGGCCCAUAUAUGAGAUCAAACUCAGAGGAGAAGCAUCAGAAGUUAGCUACAGCCUUGACUCUGCCAUCGUCGACUUUGGUCCGCAGCUGUUUGAUCAUGUAGGGGAAGCUAAGGUGAUCCUGAGGAAUACUGGCAAGGUUGGCUUCAAAUUUCGCAUCGAACAGCCUCAAAAGGAGGAGGAGGAGGAGGAGGAGGAGGAGGGAGAUAAGGAGGCAGGGGGACAGGAGAAGGUCCCAGAGAAAGACAAGCAGCAGCCUGAUGCAAGGCAGGAAAAAGAUAAUGAGCUAAAUGAGGAAGGUCAGGAGGUCAGACCUGGCCUGCCCAUAGUCAUCCCCCCUGUGGGUUAUGUUGAUGCCAACAUGGAGCAAUGCCUGCGUGUGCUCUACCUCCCCGGCAUCCCUGAGGUGUUUGAGAAGCGGCUUCAGCUGGAGGUGGCUCACCUACCAGCCCAGGACAUCACACUGACUGGAGAGGGAGUGUUCCCGAGGAUAAGCCUCAAUUUGCCACGAAACUUGUCGGACGAAUGCUACAGUGAUGUGGUGCAGCAGGCCAGAACAGCUGUGGAGGCAAAUAGAUUGAGAGAAGAAGUUUUGAAUGGAAUCACCACUGGUGGAGGAGCAACAACAGAGGCCACCUGCACCCUGAAAUAUGAGGAGCUGCUUCACAUGGAGAUUGAGAGAACAUUGGUCAAAGAAAAUGCUCUUGCUGUGUCGGGUAGCCUGAUAGAGCUCAGAGACUCACAAGAUUCCUCCAGAAAGUGGCACAAACUUAGCAAGUUCCAGCUCCCAGAGUAUGUUUUGGAUUUUGGUUAUGUCAUUCCUGGUAAAGUCCUCAGUCACACUGUAAAUGUCACCAACACUGGGUCAGUGGCUGUGUCCUUCUGUGCAAAGCGCAAACCUCUCUCUGGCACAGGUUUCAGUGUAGAAUUUGAAAGAGUGAAGAACCUUCCCUGCGGUGAGACACAGACUUUCACAGUGAAAUUUGAUUCCCAAGGAGCCAACCUGCAGAUGGGGGGCAUAAGUGUUGUCAUGCCAAUACAGGUCACAGGUGGCCCAGUGGUGCAGGUGCGGCUGAGUGCAGUUGUGACUGUACCGACCGUUACUGUUUCCACGGAUACACUGCAGUUUGACACUGUACAGUGUGGCAUGUGUCAGAUCAAGACUAUAAAGCUGUUGAAUCAUGAGUCUGUGCCCUGCAACUGGAGCAUAGUUGAGGAGGUGAAGCCUCUCAAAAAGGUUGACAAGUUCCUGCCUCUCUACACGCGUAAAAAGGUGUUGCAGGAGCAGCGGCCUCCUCUGGCGGUAUUUGAAAUGGUUCCUUGCUCUGGCAUGCUUUCCCACGGUGAAAAGGUCAAUGUCCAGGUCAAGUUCAGCCCUGCUGAGGGGUGUGCUUACAACAGGCAGCUAGUGGUCCGUGUGGCUGAGGGCACCCAGCAGGUGUUCAUUACAGCUCAGGGGCAGGGUGAGGAGCCACAACUCGAGUUUUGCCCGUCAGUGGUGGAGCUGGCGCCUUGCCGGCCUGUCAGCACGGACGUGGAAGCCACAGUCACAGUCAAAAACCCCUGCUCUUUCCCCGUUGAAUUCUACUCCCUGGAGUUCGACACACAGUAUCUCGAGGAAGAAGAGAUCCUGCGUCUGAUGCAGGGUUAUGAUGAGAACAAUGUGCUGCUGCUGCCUCCCAGGGCCCCUGGAGAAAGUCUUCCCACAGAACUGCUCGACUACUACAAAGAGCACUGCUCCCAACUGAAAGAUGAUGAGCUGAAGGAAGACUUUGAUGAAAAAGAAGCUGGGAAGGGUGAAACACAGGAGGAAGAAAAGAGAUUGAGACGAAGCGAUUCCCUCCCACCAGACAGCAAGGAGGGAAAAAAACACACAACUGUGGACCGAGCUGAACUGCUUCUUUCAGAGAUGGCCAAAGAUGGAAGCCAUGGGAGACUGGGACACCUAGAGAUGACCCCUGUCUCCAGAGCAAUCGCCCGCCACAUGGGUGUUGACCUGUCACCUGAGGGUCUGGCUGCACGCAACCGCAGAGGCAUUGCUAUUAUUGUGUAUGGAGCCCCACUGACAGGUAAGAGCAGCACAGCAGCUGCUCUGGGACAUCACUACGGAGGAGCGUGCCUGAGUGUUGAUGCUGUGUUUACAGAUGUGCUGAUAAAUGGCACUUCACCUGUUAGUCUGACAGCAAGACAAUUGUAUGACAGUGCUGCUGCUGAGUAUGCUCAGAGGAAGGCUGAGGAGGCUGCUCAGGCCUGUGAAGAUACCACAGCACCAGGACCUGCAGCAACUAUUGAAACCACAGAUCCAGCUCCAAAUUCAGCUCCUGUAGAGGUUCUUGUGAAACCUAGCGAGGACAGCUGCAGUAGAAAUGACUCCAAGGAACUUCAGGACACUGAAAGCACGCAUGUUGCCCAUUGCCUGGGAGUAGAUGGGACCACACUCAGCAAUCUCUUACCUGAGCAGCUGCUGGUUGAUAUCCUGGCGGAGAGAUUACAGUUAAGUGACUGUUACCGUGGCGUAGUGAUUGAUGGCCUGGAGUCGGUGUACACUCAAUCAGUGGCAAGCACGCUGCAAGUUGUCCUCAAGGCCCUUAAUAACCGGAAACACAUCUACGUAGUCAACUUGUCAGACUCCUACACUGCCCUGAAGGCACGAGAGAGAGCUCAACGAGAAGCUGAGGAGGCCCUGCAGAAAGAGAAAGCCGACAAGGAGGAGCAGUGGCUGCAGGAGCUGGAUGAGGAGGAGUAUGAUGCUCUACCAGAGGAGGAGAAGGAACGUAUUGCUCAGCGACACAGAGAGCAGAAACUCAGGGAGCUUGAGCGAAUAGUGAAAAAGCAAGAGGAGAAGAGGCAACAGGAGGACAUGAAGAGACUACAAGAAGAGGAGCUGAAGAAGAAGAGCAAAAAGGAAAAAGGAAAGAAGGAUACUAAAGAAGGGUUGAGGAAAAAGAGCUUGCUGGAGAUGAAGCAGAGUACAGAAAAUAUGGAGAUGAAGGGACUGACAGAAGAGGAAGGAGAGCUGAAGAAAAGCAAAAUGGGUGUAGAGAGAGAUACUAAAGAAGUGUCAGGAAAGAAAGACGUGCAUGGGGAAAAGCAGUCAACAGCUGCAAUGGAUGGUCGUCGGAUGUCUCCUUGUAACAACUCUAAAGAAUCACUAGUGGACUCAAGAGAACAACGCAAUUUGAAUGAAGGUGCCAACAAAUCACAUCAAAGCAAAGAGGCUGAUCAUUCACUUAAGAAGAUAGAAGAAACCAAUGGAAACCGACAUACACCAGAGUCUCCUCAACCGGCAGACAAGCCAGAGGGAGAAAUGUCUGGUGUGGAUGAGCUGCAGUGUCAGUUCAGUGCGUAUGAGCAGAGCCAGGCCCAGGUGGAACACAUUCUGCAGAACUGGGACCGGGCUCAGGGCGUGUUGCUGGUUCCACUUCCGAGUGAAGAGGCCCCAGUGGCUACAGAGGAUGUCCCAACAGAGAAACAGACUCCUGUUGGCAAGAGGGCCAAAAAAGCCAGCAACAAGGUCCUGUCUCCAAUGCCUAGCCAGAUGGCACCACCAGCUGAAGCAGAAAAAGCAGGAGACAAGGUGUCUCCACCGAAUAUCACCCCUCAUAUUGUACUGAACGUAACAGGCAAAGACUAUCCAAGUGCCACUGAGCUGCUCAAGGGCAACACCCUGCCUCCCCUGGAGGAGGUGUUGGAUGAUUUAGGGUUGGGACCUAGUGGCCCACCCAUCCCUCCUCCCAUCACCUUUUCUAUGGUUCCUUUCCCCAAAGACAGGGUGCAAUGUAACAGUCAACUGGCUUGCGACUGUUUCACCUUUUUGAGUCCUUCUGGGACAGAUGAACAGGGUGAUGAGAAGAAAGAGUCAGAGGAAGAUGUACAAGCAUCAGCGGUAAAGGAGGAGGCCGUUGCAACUUCUAAAAGUCGCAUCAAGGGCAGCACCAAGGAAGUAACAAAGGACAAAGAUAAAAAGAGCAGAGAGAGUCAGAGGAGCAAGAGACGAACGUCAGCCAAGACAAAAGCAAAGGGAUCAGACAGGUCUCGCUCACCUCCUUUAUAUGUCUCCUCCAUGUCUGACUGCAUCAAACAAGACCAACACCAAGCGAGCUUAGAGCUGAAACGCAACCAGAGCCUGAUGACAUUUCGCUGGGUUGUUCCAGCCAAUGGCAAAGUGGUUAUGAAGAUAUGGUUCUACUCAGAGACUCCAGGGAAGUUUGAACAGAUCUUCAACUUUGAGCUACUUGGGACCCAGAGACGCUACCAGCUGCCCUGUAGAGGAAUGUGUACAUAUCCUUCCAUCUGCAAAGACUACAAAACUCUUUUUAGCUUCAGUAGAAAGGUGCCGAAAAUGGAAGAAGGGCUCCAGAAGAUUUACGUAGUCAAGCCUGGAUUCUUUGAGUUUGGACCAUUACUCUGUAGCAAGACCAGAGACAGAUACAAGGAAAAUAAGUACCCAGAGAACAGAGAGAGACUAGUGAUCAAAAACAAUUCAGGUCUGGAGGCUGAGGUUCAGUUCCGUUUCCAGCAUGAUACUCAGGCCACCACAUAUCUGCUGGACCCUCCAACCAUGACUCUCAAACCUGACCAGAGACAGGAGUUGACAGUUUGGGCUUAUCCAACAAAAGUGGGACAAAUCAAGGACAGCAUUGUGUGCUGUAUCAAGGACAAUCCAGAGCUUGUCAUCAUUAACCUCUCCUGCUGGGGAGUUCGGCCAGAGCUGGAGCUAGAAAGCAAGCAUUUGUUUUUUGACAGGAUUUUGCUGCACAGACGAGACAGCCGUAGUGUGACACUCCACAACAAGACAGCUCUGCCGGUAUCCUGGAGACUGCAGGGUGUGGAGGAGUUGGGUGAUGAGUUCAGUGUGCCUCAGGAUGAGGGCAUCAUCUCACCCAACUCCUCUUUCCUCCUGAGCUUGCACUUCAGGGCCAGGAAGCCACUCCACAUUAAGAAGAUUUUACGUCUGGAAGUUUCCGAUGUAGAGAAGAUUCUUGGCGUUGUGCACACAGAAAACAUACAGGUCACCGCAGAAGCCUAUGAUAUAGCUCUGGAUAUCACACCAGAUGGCUGUCUGGACUUCGGAACCAUUAAAGUCUUUGAGGAAGCAAAGUUGUCCCUCAGGAUGAAAAACCAAGGAAAAUAUGACAUAGCCUACAGGUUUACACUUGAGCGGACAGACCCAAGCCAGCCUAACCUUGACUCCAUUUUCACUGUGUCCCCCAAAAGUGGGAUUCUAAUGCCCCACAAAAAACCCACAACAGUGCAGAUCGUCUGCAAACCCAUGAUGGAACUCUCUCUUAGAGAGCAACCUGUCCUGCCUUGCCAGGUGAUUGAACCCAGCAUCGGGGAUGGAGGAGAAACUAUAGCCAUUCUAGCCAUCAAGGUUUCAGUCCAGUCCGUCUUCUCCAGGUAUAAGAUCAUACCUGCAUGUGACAUCAACUUUGGUCCAGUGGUCUACGGCUGCAAGAAAAGCCAGAGCUUCACUAUUGAGAAUACUGGAGUUUUUGAGACCCGUUUCACCAUCUGCUGUAUGAUCACAGACACUGACCCACCAGGGAGGCCAGGAGCUCCAAAUAAGAAGAUACCUCCAGAGAGCCAUUCAGGGAGGCCCACUGGUGCUGGUAGCAAAGUGAGAGAGUCCUUCCCCAGAGACAUAGGCAUUACACAGAAUCGCCUCACCAUGGGGGUGUUCUCAGUGUCUCCUUGCACAGGAACCCUGCAGCCAGGCUCUCAGCAGGUGGUGACAGUUGACUGCAUAGCUGAACAGCUAGGCCAUUGGAACCAGGGUUUGCUCAUUGACAUCAGUGACCGUGACCCCUCAGACCAGCCUGAGGGCAUACCAUACAGACUGCUGGCUGAAGUCUGCAAGCCAGGCAUAGUGUUAGACAUGGCCUCCAUCUUUGAGGAGCACCAUGUGUGUCACAACAGCAGUCAGCUCUCCUCUGAGCAGUUUCGCAAUGCUGAAGGCAUUUACAUCCUGGAAGAAAACAAAUUUAUUUUCAACAAAGUCCUGGUGGGGCGAACUGCUCAUGCUCGCUUCAAACUCAUCAACCACAGCAAGGUGCCCUGCGUGCUCAGCUUGGCCAUCAAAUAUGUUGGCGUGAAGGUGUCGCGCAACCUGGAUGUUUUUGAUUUGUCUGCCACGGCAGUGUCCGUUCCCAGCCAGUCACACUCAUUCGCUGUGGUCACCUUCACACCCCAGACGAUGCAACUCUACAGUGCAGUGUUUGAAGCCACACUGGAGGGAACCAACAGAAUGACACCCACAUUCAAGAGCAAGGUGCUGGAGUUUGACCUAAUCGGCGAGGGCUCUCUGCCCAGUGUGUGUGUGGUGCGUCCAGCACUGAGGAACAGUGGAGGAAGCCCAAUGCUGCAGUUCAGACGGGUAUUGGUAGGUCGGAGACAUACCCUGCGCUUGGUGCUGCUAAAUGAUGGAAAUGUCUCAGCAAAGGUCCAGAUUGACAUGCUGGAUAAACAUGGAGUGUUUGCCCUCAAAGCUGGCCCUGGCAACACUUGCAGCUCCAUCAACUCCACACGACUUGAGGGCUCCACUGACCCUGAGCAUCAGUUGGUGCACAGAGCCACCCUGAGGCUGGAGGUUAACGAGGAGGUGGAGUUUGAGGUCAGCUUCUGUUCUGAUAAGCCCCUGAGUGUCAAGGCCAAGAUAUCACUGCAGGUGGAGGGCAACCAGUACAGCAGUACCAUAAUACGAGUGACUGGAGAAGCUUACCAGGAAAUUGUCUCACUGGACAACAUUAGCAGAUCACUGCGGGAAACGGAUCAGGAAGAUGAUGAGAAAGGAAAUUAUGAAGUGCUGAAUUUUGGUGACUGCCAUGUAGAUUGCCCGUACCAAGAGAGUUUCACUAUGAUCAACCACAGCAGCAGCCAGGUGGUGAGGUUUGAGUGGCCACCUGCUGGAUCCCAUGUCUUCUUUUCACCACAGGUAGGACACCUGCACGCUGGCUGUUCGAAGGACGUGACUGUCACCUUCUGCUCCAGUCAGCCAGUGACUCUGACCAGCCAGCCAAUGAGAUGCAAGGUUUGUCAGAUUGAGUUCCAGCAGCCACUGGAACAGGUGGCUGACUGGGAUGACCGACAGAGGACAGUACAGUGGCUGAGUGCCUCAAAGCAGGCUUCAGGAGCACAACCUGUGAAGAAUAAGGUGAUAAAGACAGAUCCUGAGCCAUGCUGCUCUGUGGUUGAGGGCUCGCAGUGGGAGCUGGAAUUGCACAUUAACGCAGUUUGUGACUACGUCAAGUUCAUCUGCAACACAGACGCUAUCCACUUCAAAGACACCAUGCUUUACCAAACCAGGCUCCACCAACUGGAGAUAGUGAAUCAGGGCAAUGUGAAACUGGAAUUCUCCUGGCAAGUCCUCAUGGAUCCAAGCAGCAACAGUUUCAACCAAAACCAAGGAGAUCGGACCCUCACCUCUCGGCCUGGCAGCAGGUCAGCAGGAGUGUUGACUGGAGCCCGUCCUGCCAGUGCUCUGGCCAGCGUGAUGUCUCUUCUGAUGGGCAACCCUGAGCUGCCACCCUUCAGUGUGGAACCCAGCAUCGGGGCUGUUGAGCCCGGUGCCAUGCAGAAUUUCAGUGUUUGCUUUUCACCUUUGGAGGUGGCCCAGUUCCAGGGCAGGCUGCUCUGCAAUGUCCCUAACUUGCAGGAUGGGGAUCAGGCUCCCUGUAUCUCGUUGUGUGGCCACAGCCUGCUGCCCCACUGCCACUUUGACCUCCAGGACUCAGACUACAUUAGUGGGAACCGCCGCAAUCCUGAGUUCAGGGAUCCUUUGGACCCUAACACCAGGGUCAUAGAGUUCAACGUUUUGGGCCUCUCUGCACCGACAAAAAGAUGUUUUAGUGUGGUGAACCCAACCAGUAAACCCUACUCAUACAAGUGGAAGUGUGAAGACACAGGUGGCAGCCCGUUCCACUGCCUCGCCCCAUGUGGCACCAUUCUGCCUGGGAAGAAGGUGGAAGUGCAUUUUGAAUAUGUGGCUGAGCAGCUGGAUGUGGUGGAGUCAUUCUGGAGCUUCACGAUUGAGUCUCUGUCACUGUCUGUUCCCUUCCUGUGUGUGGGCACCGGUAGAGAACCACUUGUCUAUCUUGACAAACCUCACCUUGAUUUGGGAGAACUGCUUGUUGGUCGUAAAGUGGAGCAGACAGUGGAUCUGGUGAAUGCAGAAGAGGAGCCCUUCCACUUCUCUGUUCUGCAGUCAUCUCUUCUCUGUGAAGACCAGCAGUCCAGCCUUGUUUUGCAGCCCAUGACUGGCACAGUGGCAUCCAAAGACAGGUUGUCAUUAUCAGUGUCCUUCACACCUUGCUGGGAGGGCUACGUGAGCUUCAGAUUGGUUCUGAGGGUAAAGAGGAAGUCAGAGCCACUGGCACUCACUGUUAAGGCUGAAUGUUUCAUCAUGAGCACUUCUGUUCAAGUUGAAAGUCCAGAUGGAGGCCUCAGAGAGAUCAGCCCUGACCUCCUGGAUACUUUGGAUUUCGGAAAGGUGGGCAUUUCAGAGCAAGUCACCUUUAACAUCCUGGUAUCCAGCCUGGCGAGAUUCAACCUGGAGGUGAACUUUGACCUAGCAGGUCCCAGUGAGCUGCUGCAACAUUUAGAGGCAAAACCACAAAAUGCUACUAUUGAGGUUGGGAAACAGCUGCAAUCGUCGCUCUUCUUUUGUCCCCGGAACAUUUGCAACCUCCAGGACGUCAAACUGAGUAUCAAGGUAAAGCAUGGGCCAACAUUUACCUUUGCUAUCAAAGGUAGGUCUGUGGCACCCAGCCUUGAAUUCUCCUUCACCAAGUACAACUUUGGCAAGUGCUUCCUGUACUGUCCUGGCAUGGUGCCAGCCUCCAAGACUCUGGUAAUCAGCAACAAAGGCCAAAGGGACAUCAGUGUCCAGUGCCAGUUCAGGAACAGCUCUUACCUGGAGAUGGACUUCCAACCAGAUAUUUUGUCCCCUGGUGCUGCGAUGGAGGUACCAGUCACCUUCUAUCCCCGUGAGCCAUGCCGUUACCAUGAAAAGCUGACCUUCAUCUUAAACAGCUGUGUUACAAAACAUGUGGACAUACUGGGGCAAGGCAUUGAGAUGAAGCUGGAAGUAGAGGAUCCCAGGCAGCGGAGGGUUAAACUGGGAUCUCUGUUGUUGGGUCAGAAAGUGAAAAAACAGGUGGUUCUGGUCAACCGCAGCCCUGUAGACCUUUCUUUCACCCUGCAACUGAACACAAACACACCACUGGACCCUGGGGACCUGUCAUUCAGUCCAGCAGGUGAGCUGAACCUGAAAGCUGGUGGCGGUUCAUGUAACGUCGACAUCAAGUUCUCACCCCGUCAGCACAUAUCUCUCUUCAAGGCUGAGCUGCAGGCAGAGUGUGCAGGCCUUUUACACCCCCUGCUGACCAUCCAAGGCUGCUGUCAGGGUGUGGAGGUUCAGCUGGAUCAAGAUCACCUGGCCUUUGGAGCUGUAGUCCAGCGCUGCCAGGCCAGGAAGAGGAUUGUCAUGAUGAACACCGGAGACAUUGGUGCCAGGUUCCACUGGAAAACAGAGAAUUUUCCUCCGGAGUUGUCCAUCGCACCAGCUAAAGGCUAUAUCUGUCCAGGCAUGGAGGUUCCUUUUGAAGUGACUUUUGCCCCCGUGGAACUGAGUAAUGACAUGAGAUAUGAAAACUUGUCCUGCUGUGUCGACAGCUCCUCCUCACCCGUUACUCUUACUGUGACAGGCUCCUGCAUCACAGCCUCCACUAGCAAAGAGGUGGUGAGUUUUGUUUGCCCAGUACGUGGCUCUCACACCCAGACUCUGCCAGUCUUCAACCCCACAAACCAGCGGUGCAGCAUCCGACCUGUCGUUGAGGGCGAGCAGUGGAGAGUUGUGCCCUCCAUGAUCCUUGAACCCCUCCAAAACAAGACAUAUCAGAUCACCUACCGACCACUGACCAUGACUACUGAUGGAAAAAAACACCUGGGAUCAGUCUUUUUCUCCUUCCCUGAUGGGACAGGCAUGCUGUACUCCCUGCAGGGAACUGCUGAGACUCCCAAGGCAGAGGACACCAUUGUGCACGAGCUGCCUGCCAAGACUCACCACACAGAGAUGCUGCCUGUGCACAACUGGCUCUCUAAACAACAGCGGUUCCAUGUGAUGAAAGAGAUCCUGAAGCCUGACAAGGCAGAUGCUACUGUGUCCCUCAAGGGUCUAGACUACAUUGAUGUCCCUGCUCUGGCCAAAAGAGACUACAAGUUGUCUUUUUUUACAUACAGAGACGGGCACUACAGCACCAAGGUGACAUUUCAUAAUGAGGUGUCCGGUGAGUACUUGUUCUACCUCGUCAACUUCAAGGCCACAUCUCCAAGAGCCCUGUCCACCAUAGAGCUGGUGACUGCCGUCCGCCAGAGGGCCUCAGCCACUGUGCAUGUGGAGAACCCUCUGACCAUAGCGACCUGCCUCACCACUGAGUGUAAAUGCCCUGACAUCAGCGCCCCACCUCAGCACAUUGUGCCAGGACAGUCCAAGGGUGCUGUGAGCUUCGAGUACCAACCACUUCGCACAGGCGAGUCUACAGCCCGGCUGACUCUGUGUAGUAAUGAGCUGGGCUACUUCCACUACGAUCUGCUUCUCAGAGCUCUGCCCCCGCCACCGGAGAAAACCAUCCACUUCAACACUUCUCUGGGCAGCAGCCACGCCGUUCCUGUUAGGUUCACCAACUACUCCCGCUUCAAAACCGAGUACUCUUGCAAGGUCGAUUGCCCGGACUUCAUAGUGGACAAGAGUGUUGGUGCUUCGCCAGGUUUCCAGGCGGGGUCACAGGUCAGCGUGGAGGUUUGUUUCGAGCCUCAUCAGCUGGGGGAGGUGAGAGGCCAGCUCAGCCUUUCCUCAGGCAUUGGCGGUGAAUACAUCUUUCCAUUACACGGGAUCUGCCUCCCUCCCAAAGCUCAGGGCCCGUUCAGCAUCAGGGCCGGUCGCAACGUCACUAUCCCCUUCAAGAACAUAUUCCUGCAGACCACCGCUUUCUCUUUUCAGGUGGACAACCCUUCUUUCACUGUCAAAGGAGUGGACAGCAUCCUCUCCAAAAAGACCUUCAACAUCCUGGUGUCCUUUGAGGCCCCUACUGGAGGCUUUCCAGGGCCCUGGUUUGGCAAGCUGACUGUCUCCAGCCAGCGCUCAGAGGCCCACAGAAAGCCCUGCUCUUGGGUUUAUUACCUGAAGGGUUACUACCCUGAAUAAUCUUAGAGAUAUGUACACAUGGGUAUGCAGAAACACACAAAAGAAUAUACAGAUGCCAGCAUAAGCAUAAGCACCCAUUUAGACUCAAGCCUUCAUUGUUGUUAUUCUUUUUUUUAUGAUGCUUCGGUUGCAUGUGAAAAAUCCUUUAUCUGGUAACUGAGCUCCAAUGUUAAUGCCAAAAAUACAAGCUGGAAUUGCCUAUGGAUAUUUAUAUGGUUUAAAUAAUUUGUUUUCACCAAUGUGUUCCUAAAUAUUUUAAUAAUUCACUGAAUAAAUUCUGGAGAGAAAAAAAAACCUGUCCAGGACUGUCA